GUAGGGAGCGAAGUCUACCUGAGGGUGCAAAAGCUGGAGACGAAGCCCCCCGAAGUGGCUCCUGGGGGUGGUGAAAAGGGUGCCGAAGAUCAGCAGAGCCACAGGCGGAAGUUAGGCCGGAAGUGCAAGAAAUAAUUUAUACGCGGUGAAAUCCGGUCCUGAGUCAAAGAAUAACGUAAGUCAUAAUUUAAAAAAAGCAAAAAGAAGGCCGCAUGAUGAGCGUUCCUCGCCUAUUAUGAUCCCUGGAUGUUUCGAGUUUUUGGGCUUAAACGAGCCUCCUCGGGACGCAGACUUGAACGUGGUGCCCAUCAUUAAAUUGGAACCGAAGGAGGAACUGCCCCUUCUCGACUCCCAAGGACAGCCCUUGGAAAAGUCCUCAAUCUCUCGAAAGAAAAACAAAGAGAAAAACGAAAGAACUUACCUCGACUUCAUCGAGUGGCUUAUGAGUAGCACCCAUUCGACCAUAUGUGAAGAAUCUCUGAUAGAGUACUUCACUAAUAAAGCCAGAGUGGCCAAAGCUUCCACCUUAUGGGCCAGUUACUACAUGAUUAAAUCUAUCAUGCUGAACAGGCACAGCAUCGACAUAGGAAACUUCAAGAAGGUCCAUAAGCUCCUAAGGGAGAAAAGCAAAGGGUAUGUGGCCGAUAGGGCCAAAGCAUUCACUAAAGAAGAGGUGCACAAGUUCCUCAAACUGGCCCCCGACGAAGAUUACCUUUUAUACAAGGUGGCACUGAUCCUAGGAGUCUGCGGAGGCUGUAGACGAGACGAGUUGGCCAAGCUAACAGUGGAGGACAUCCAGGACCUCGGAGCUGUCCUGCUCGUCAAAAUCUCCGAUCCGAAGUCGAACCUUUACAGGACCUUCACGGUGGACUCCGCGCAUCCAGAGGUACUGGACUGCAGGGAGAUCGUUCGGAAGUACAUCAAUCUCCGUCCGGUGGUUAUGAAAAGGCACAACCGGUUCUUUGUGACCUACAGCGACGGAGUCUGCGGUAUUAGUGUGGUGGGCACGAACACCAUAGCCAAGAUACCCAGUUUGGUGGCUAGAUUUUUAAAAUUGCCCGAACCGGAGAAGUUUAACGCGCAUUCCUUCAGGAGCACCAAGGCCCUCCUGGAAAAGACCGAUCAGUUCUUUUAGUUCCAUUGGAUUAAGAGUUUCUUGGAAGUUUUCGGUGUCUUUUUUCCUGGAGGGGGGAAUGAAUUGAAAGGACUUAAUUUAGAAAAAUCAUCCAUUAUUCUCAAAGAGACUUUAAUAAUAAGGCGGAAAAAUAAACUCGAAGUCAAAGUCUCCCAAUUGUAGCGCCUACCAGAAAAAAUAUAAAAUGAGUGUCUAAUCAUAGGUGCAUAUUUUUAAUGUUUAUUUUAGGUCUGAUGAUGCCGCAAGGCGAAACGCGUAACCUUACUAAUAGACGCUACAUUUGUGACAAUUUGACUUCGAGUUUAUUUUUUCGCCUCGUUACAACUUAAUUUAUUUUUGUAAGGUUAUUGUUGCAUGUAUAAAAAAGUUUUAUUAGGAUUUUGUGUUGCUAUUUUAAUGCUUCACCUUAUGAUAAAUUUUUUUUGAGUGUAAAAGAAAAAAUUUUUUUUAAAGUUUUUUGGCUCAAAAAAUGACCAGUUUUUCAAAAAUUCUUCGCAGCUCUUUUAUUACGCGAUUUAGGAGAAAAAGGUAUUCUAGCUUUUUUUAAGGUACUUUUUCGUAGAAAUUAUCGCAAUAAUAAAAACAUUAAUUUUCUCCAUAGUUUUCGAGAAAAUUGGGAAAAUAUGAAAAUCAGUUUUUUGAAAAUUUCUGGAAAAUGGAGGUAUAUAGACGCUCAAAAUAAUUUGCAAAUAGUAGCUCUCUUAAGACCCAAUAACUUUUAUUUAAACAGUUUCUUUCUCGGACCGACAGUUUUUCCCAUAAAAAAAUAAAACCAUUUUUGGAAGAUUUUUCCAAGGGUACCCCCUUUCGAAAAAUCUUGAAAUUUUAAUUUUUUUCUUUUAAUUUAUAUUUUAGCACUUUGACACAUAUAUUAAGCUAAUAAAUUGAAAUUUACUCGAGCAGUAGCUUAAUAUGUGGUUUAGCCCUGAAAGUUUCGUAUUUUUGGGACUCAUCAUUUGAAAGAUUCAUUGUAAAAACAAAUAAAUUAUUGAUAUCCAAAAAAUGUAAUGUUUUCUUACAUUCUUCCUUGUCCAAGACAAUAAUUCCAUUCAAUUUAUUCCAAGAAAUAAAUAAAAUAUAUCUUUUAG